CUUCACCUCCUGCGGUAAGGCGCAUUGUUUAUUUGGUUUGCACGCGCAGGUUUGUAGCGAUGGAUCCUUAAAUACGCGAAUGGUUUCUGCUCCGAUACAAUCAUUUUCGCACUGUGGGUUGAUUUGAAGCUUCUGACUGGACAGUGACCAACCGAGGUGCACCUGACCAUCAACAAAAGACUCCGCGGAAUCUUAUUUAUUCAUGCAUGUAAUAUCGUGUGAUUUAAUGCCCGAGUCGUCCGAGUGCGCACCCGCUCCGGCCCGCCUGCGCACAAACCCCGAGGAUCUCAGCUGAAUCGGAUCGGAACGGAUUUGGAUGCCUUCGUAAGGAAAUAAAGCGAGGCUGUUAAGGAGAAGAUGUGGCUCCACCCGGAGGAGGUGUUGCUGGCCGGUGCGCUUUGGGUUACCGAGCGCGCAAACCCUUACUUCAUCCUACAGAAGAGGAAAGGACACGGAGAAGGAGGAGGAGGACUAGCUGGCUUGUUGGUGGGAACUCUGGACGUUGUGCUGGACUCCAGUGCACGCGUGGCUCCGUACAGGAUCCUUUAUCAGACACCUGACUCGCUGGUAUACUGGACCAUCGCCCACGGGAGCUCCCGUAGAGAGAUCACUGAACACUGGGAGUGGCUGGAACACAACCUCCUGCAGACGCUGUCUAUAUUUGAGAAUGAGAAUGACAUCACUACCUUUGUCAAGGGCAAGAUUCAGGGCAUCAUUGCUGAAUACAACAAAAAUCAUGACAAUAAGGAGGACGACGACACGGACAAGUUCAAGGAAGCCACAGCUAAGUUUCGGAGGUUGUUCGGGAUGCCAGACGAAGAGAAGCUGGUGAACUAUUACUCUUGCAGUUAUUGGAAGGGCCGAGUGCCCAGGCAGGGUUGUCUCUACCUCAGCAUCAACCACCUCUGCUUCUACUCGUACCUGCUGGGCAAGGAGGCCAAGCUGUUGGUUCGCUGGGCUGACAUCACUCAGCUGGAAAAGAAUGCCACGCUUCUGCUGCCAGACAUGGUGCGAGUGAGCACACGCUGCAGCGAGCACGUCUUCUCGGUGUUCCUCAACAUCAACGAGACCUUCAAGCUCAUGGAGCAGCUGGCCAACAUCGCCAUGCGCCAGCUCCUGGACAACAAGGGCUUUGAGCAGGACCGCUCACUUCCCAAACUCAAGAGGAAGUCACCUAAGAAGGUGUCAGCGCUCAAGAGGGAUCUUGACGCCAGGGCUAAAAGUGAGCGAUACCGCACGCUGUUCCGCUUGCCAAAAGACGAGAAGCUGGACGGACACACAGAUUGCACGCUGUGGACUCCUUUCAAUAAGAUGCACAUCCUGGGCCAAAUGUUUGUCUCCACCAACUACAUCUGCUUCACCAGUAAAGAGGAGACAGUGUGCAGCCUCAUCAUCCCCCUGCGAGAGGUGACCAUUGUGGAGAAGGCAGACAGCUCUAAUGUGUUGCCAAGCCCACUCUCAAUCAGCACCAAGAACCGUAUGACCUUCCUGUUCGCCAACCUGAAAGACCGCGACUUCCUGGUGCAGAGGAUCUCUGACUUCCUACAGCAGACCUCCUCUAAGAUCUACUUCGAGCGAGAGAUCACAGGCAGCCUCACCAGCUCAGAUGAUGAGGUGUACUCCCAGCACAGCAGUCUCCUCUCCUGCAGUCCACAGCGCAGCAGUCUGGGCUCAGAGGGCGAGAACGAGCGCCAGUUCAACCUCAACGACAACAGUGUUCCCACGGCAACGCAGGCCCUCAUGACCAUGUAUCGGCGCCGCUCGCCUGAGGAGUUCAACCCCAAACUGGCGAAGGAGUUCCUGAAAGAGCAGGCCUGGAAGAAUCACUUUGCUGAAUACGGCCAGGGUGUGUGUAUGUACCGCACAGAGAAGACCAAAGAGCUGGUGCUCAAAGGAAUCCCAGAGAACAUGAGAGGAGAUCUGUGGCUUCUGUUCUCUGGAGCCAUUAAUGAGAUGGCCACUCACCCUGGCUACUACGAGGACUUGGUGGAGAAGUCGAUGGGGAAGUAUAAUUUAGCAACGGAGGAAAUCGAGCGAGAUCUUCACCGCUCACUGCCCGAACACCCGGCCUUUCAGAACGAGAUGGGCAUCGCAGCACUGAGACGAGUUCUCACUGCGUACGCCUUCCGCAACCCCAACAUCGGCUACUGUCAGGCGAUGAACAUUGUGACGUCUGUGCUGCUGCUCUAUGCUAAAGAGGAGGAGGCUUUCUGGCUGUUGGUGGCGCUGUGUGAGAGGAUGCUCCCAGACUACUAUAACACCAGAGUCGUGGGCGCGUUGGUAGAUCAGGGUGUGUUUGAGGAGUUGGCCCGUGUGCACGUUCCUCAGCUGUACGACUGCAUGCAGGAGCUGGGUGUGAUCUCCACCAUCUCUCUGUCCUGGUUCCUCACCCUCUUCCUGUCCGUCAUGCCCUUCGAGAGCGCCGUAGUCGUGGUCGACUGCUUCUUUUACGAGGGCAUUAAGCUCAUCUUUCAGCUGGCACUGUCCGUGCUCGACGCCAACAUCCACCAGCUGCUCAACUGCAAGGAUGACGGAGAAGCCAUGACGGUGCUCGGAAGGUAUCUAGACAGUGUUACCAAUAAGGACAGCACACUGCCCCCAAUCCCACACCUGCACUCUCUCCUCACCGAUGAUGGAGAGCCUCAUCCUGAGGUGGACAUCUUUAAACUGGUGCGCACGUCCUAUGAGAAAUUCGGUUCUAUUCGGGCGGACGUGAUCGAACAGAUGCGCUUCAAGCAGAGGCUGAGGGUCAUUCAGACUAUAGAGGACACGACUAAGCGCAAUGUGGUUCGCACUAUAGUAACCGAGACGGAGUUCAACAUAGAUGAGCUGGAGGAGCUUUACUCCUUAUUUAAGGCCGAACACCUGACCAGCUGUUACUGGGGUGGCACGAGUAACCCGAUGGACCGUCAUGACCCGAGCCUGCCCUACUUGGAGCAGUACCGCAUGGACCUGGAGCAGUUUAAGGGGUUGUUCUUGGUGCUCUUUCCCUGGGCCAGCGGCGCACACACUGACGGUCUUGCCGUCCGUUUCUUCCGCUUACUCGACCAGAACGCAGAUGCACUCAUCAACUUCCGGGAGUUCAUUAACGGCCUCGGUGUCCUGUGCCACGGAGACCUGACUGAGAAACUAAAACUCCUCUAUAAGAUGCACAUACUGCCAGAGGUGCCUCAUGAGCAGGAUGAGCCAGAUUCAGCUUUCGAGGCCACGCAGUACUUCUUUGAGGACAUCACCCCUGAGACUUCCAAUGGCCUGGCCCCUAAGAGCAGAAAUGAGAAAGAUGACGGGUUUGUCAGAGUCACGUUCAAAAAUGAAAAAGUGAAGAAAAUGCAGACGCCCGAUUAUCGUACCUACCUGCGCCUGUGGAACCAGGAGACCAAAUCUAAAACGGAGAACAUGAAGGAUCUCCCAAAACUCAACCAGGGUCAGUUCAUCGAGCUUUGUAAGACGCUGUAUAACAUGUUCAGCGAGGAUGCUAACGAACAGGAGCUGUACCACGCCACAGCCACGGUGACCAGCCUGCUGCUGGAGAUGGGGGAGGUGGGAAAGCUCUUUUGCAGUCCCUCAAGCAAGGAGGAUGAUGCCGAUGAUGAAGAGGAGGACGAGGACGAGGAGCGGGCCACCGCAAGACGCAGGAAGCAGCAGAGGACUCGGGAGGAUCCGUUACACCGCUCCGUCGACGACAAGCUCCCCAACACGGCACCGAUGGAGGACAUCAAGCUGGACGAAUCACCCAAAGACACAGGUGUGUCUUCGGCCAUGCUCGUCUCUGACGACGAGACCAAAGACGACACAUCGGUGUCCUCGUACUCGGUGCUGAGCGCCGGCUCGCACGAGAUGGACGAGAAGCUUCAGUGUGAGGACAUUGCUGAGGACACGGUGCUGGUACGCAGCGGUGCAGGAGGAAAUGGGAUCCCACACAGCACCAGUAUCGAUAAAGACUGGGCCAUAACAUUUGAGCAGUUUCUAGCCUCAGUGCUCACUGAACAAGCUUUGGUGCGCUACUUUGAGAAGCCUGUGGACAUCGUGGCUCGCAUUGCGAACGCUAAGAACGUGCGGAAGGGGGGACAGACACACAUGUCCGUCAGCGAUUACGAGAUCUCUCUCUCGGGCUAAAUCUCAGCCGGAUACACAGUCUGUAAAAACUGACCGAUGUCCGUGUCCACCUUUAAAGUUUACGUCAAUGUUAUAAACAUGCACAAAAUGAGACUACAGACUCACAAAUAGUUUUCAACACUGGAGUAAAUGUUACCAAACUACAUCUACAUGAGCAAAAAAUGGUUGAUCUGUAUUUCAGACUGAUCUCCGAAGCCACGUUUAAAGAUCUGCAUAUGCACACACUGUCAUCAUCUCAACUACCUUUUUUCUUAAUCUAUUUAAAUUCUGUAUAUUUCUCGAAGACACUGGAUAUUUUAGAAAGGAAACAAGUGGCUCUUAGCUGCGUAUUUUCUCUAAUGUGAAUUCAUCCUGAAGAGUCUGGCAUUCUGGACCAGAAGGACUGUGAAGGACCCUCGCUUUUCGAAACAGGACUGAACAGAUUCUCACCUUUUUAAUCUGUAAAAAGCCGGGAAGGGACUUGCGUACAUACAUUAUAUGCUUGGUGUACUUUAUAUGGAGUAAUAAUGUUGCUAUUUAACAGUAUGUAAUACAGGUAGACUGUGUAUAGUCGUGUCAUGUCUACACACUUAUACCGAUUGCCUAUUCAGGGAGUGGCCCAGUGUCCUUUGAGACGUGAAAAGGAACUCGGUUGAGUAGACUUAUGAGCAAGGAAUAAGCAUUCAAUCCAAAAUGCUGCUUUCGGGAUGCUAACUGUUUGGGUUUGGCUAAGAGAAGCAUUUCGGAUUGACGCUGUUCCUUGAGCACAGUGAAAUAUUUCGAAUGUACAGUAGGACAUUUGACAAGCCAUGAGACUGGAAGUGGAGAAAGAGAACUGAAAUGAUUGGAUUCCCUGCUGUAAAGACUACGCAUGACUGAUUUGUCUCUGAUUCGACACUCUCCUGUUGGAAAUCUCUAUAUUAAUACUUCCAGACAUUUACAGUCUACAGCUGUGUCUCCUUAUCCGACAAAUAAUGCACUAGGUAGAGUGCCUAUGGCUUGAACAGUGCAAUAUAUGUCGGAGAGGAAGCAGUCAAGGAGUCAUCAUCUAUCCACUUUGCCGUCUGUCAUUUUUCUGUUCCGGGCACCUGCACUUUGAGUUCCUUUCUUCGCUGUAACUCAUCUAACGAUGUACUGUAUUUCACUAUAGGAGACGUAGUGCUCUCACUCACUCUUUUACAUGAUUCUCAUACACAACACACCACAUAACCUCGCUGAUGGGUUUAUUCCUCUUUAUUCUCCACCUUUCUCCAUUUCUUUCCUCAGCAUCACAUGCAUGUGGCAUGACUGUCCACUUUCAUGUAAGCUUUUUUUUUUAUUUUUUAUUUAAAAAAAAAUCAUUUUAAUGCUGCUGUUUUUAGUAGUUCCUCUGUGAAUUGUUUUAACUGUCCUGUAUAGAUUUGCUCCAAAUAAUAAUAAUAAUAAAAAAAAAGUACAAACGAAUUAUUAUGCUACCUAU